AAACGUUUCGCAGUCAAUUUUGGUUCAAAAAGAAACGUCUCGUUUUCAUUCCAUGGAAGAGAACUCCAUACACAGGCAGAUCAAGACAGGAGAGAUUCCCAAAAUUUAGGAGUGUGUUUCAUCUUCACAGAACCAACUGAAAUCUAGAGCAUUAGAUUUAGAUCACCAUAAGAGAGAAGCAGAAGUAGUAGAGAAACAAUCUGUAAAUAUAGUGAGUGAGUAAGGGAGAGAGAUGGGUUUGGGAAUGGCGAUUUACGAGGGUGUGGUGAUGGUUGGGUCGCUUUGCCUGUUGGGCUGGGCGGGGCUUUGGUUCUUGAACCAGAGACUCUAUAAAGAGUAUGAAGAGAAGAGAGUGUUAGUUCAAAUCAUAUUCAGCGUCGUUUUUGCUUUCUCUUGCAAUCUUCUCCAGCUCGUUCUCUUCGAGAUCAUCCCUCUCCUCUCCAAAGAGUCAAGAUGGACUAACUGGAAGGUGGAUCUGUUUUGUUUGAUGUUGUUAUUGGUGUUCAUGCUACCUUAUUAUCACUGCUACUUAAUGCUUUGUAACAAUGGUGUAAGGAAGGAACGAGCUGCACUUGGGGCCAUCUUGUUCUUGCUGGCCUUCCUUUAUGCUUUUUGGCGCAUGGGCAUUCACUUCCCAAUGCCUUCUCCUGAUAAAGGUUUCUUUACCAUGCCUCAGCUAGUCAGCAGAAUUGGGGUCAUUGGUGUGACUGUCACGGCUGUUUUAUCUGGUUUUGGAGCUGUGAAUUUACCGUACAGUUAUUUGUCCCUCUUUAUUAGAGAAAUUGAGGAAUCAGAGAUCAAGGCUUUGGAAAGGCAAUUAAUGCAAUCGAUUGAGACUUGUAUUGCAAAGAAAAAGAAAAUUAUUCUUUCUCAAAUGGAGAUGGAACGAAUUCAAGGAUCAGAGGAGAAUCUAAAGGCCAGAUCUUUCUUUAAACGAAUAGUUGGAACAGUUGUACGAUCAGUUCAAGAUGACCAAAAGGAGCAAGAUAUUAAAAUCAUGGAAGCAGAGGUACAAGCUUUAGAAGAACUUUCAAAGCAGCUUUUCCUGGAAAUAUAUGAGCUUCGCCAAGCCAAGGAGGCAGCUGCUUUUUCUCGGACCUGGAGGGGUCACAUGCAGAAUCUACUUGGCUAUGCAUGUUCUAUUUAUUGUGUAUAUAAAAUGAUUAAGUCUUUGCAAAGUGUUAUUUUCAAGGAGGCUGGCUCAGUAGAUCCUGUGACUAUGACUAUCAGCAUAUUCUUGCAGUUCUUUGAUAUAGGUAUCAAUGCUGCAUUACUGUCACAGUACAUUUCACUGAUAUUCAUUGGAGUGUUGGUCGUUAUAUCAGUUCGGGGGUUUUUAACAAAUCUGAUGAAGUUUUUCUUUGCGGUUUCCAGAGUAGGGAGUGGAUCUUCAAGCAAUGUUGUGCUUUUUCUGUCCGAAAUUAUGGGAAUGUACUUUGUCUCGUCUAUUCUUUUAAUAAGGAAAAGCUUAGCAAAUGAAUACAGGAUGAUCAUAACAGAUGUAUUGGGUGGAGAUAUUCAGUUUGAUUUCUAUCAUCGGUGGUUUGAUGCCAUCUUUGUUGCAAGUGCUUUCCUAUCUCUGCUUUUGCUUUCUGCACAUUAUACUUCACGGCAGAAUGACAAACACCCAAUUGAUUGAUAUACUCGUUGUAUAAACAAUUACUGAAGAUGUCAUGGAAAAGAUUAUAGGAAACUGCUGAAGGACUUCAUUUUACAGAGUCAACAGUAAGAUUUUACCGUGCAAUUAUUUUUUGUGCAUACUUGAUGCGUAAACGCUAUUGAUUAUGAUGUUUUACCCAAAAACAUGAUUCCAUUAAUACAUUAACUACAUGUUCUAGUACUCAACGUGUUUCUCCUUUGCAACUGAAAAUUCCAACGGUUGAAUUGGCAAUCUUUGUAAACAUCGUUGAUUAUGACAAUAGUGAUGGUAGAUGUUGCGAUCGGUUUUCCAGCAACAUUCCUUGUGUUUGUCGA